CCUUUCUGCAUAUAGAGUAUUCAUCUCCUGUUAUUAUCAACAAAAUCCAAAGAGAAGCGAAAAUGGCCCAAAACGAUGUUCCACAGUGGCCGGACCUCCCAUUCACUGUUAAGCUCUCCAUAUUGGCUUUCUCCUUCGUCUUCGACAUCACCCGUAACCGAAAUGGCACCGCCAACCGCUUUCUCAUGAGCUUCUUCGACAUCAGAACUUGUCCAUCUAAGAAACCCAAAAAUGGUGUCAAAACCACUGACAUCACUGUUGACAAAGCUCGAAAUCUCUGGUUCCGCCUCUACACCCCUACCAAAACCGGUGAUGGAACUGCGGCUUCUGGUUUGCCGGUUAUUUUCUACUUUCACGGAGGUGGUUUUGCCUUCUUGGCACCCAGUUCUUUACCUUAUGACAAAUUUUGCCGCCGCCUUGCUAGUGAACUAUCUGCCAUCAUUAUCUCCGUCAACUAUCGUCUGGCUCCAGAGCAUCGCUGCCCUUCUCAAUACGAAGAUGGUUUGGAUACUCUAAAAUUCAUCGACACCACAAAAAUUAAAGGUUUUUCAGGAAAUCUCAAACAGUGUUUUAUCGCUGGAGAUAGCGCAGGAGGCAACUUGGUGCAUCAUGUAGCAGUAAAAGCAAGCGAACAUGAAUUUUCCAAUCUAAAAUUAAUCGGAAACAUAUUGAUACAACCAUUUUUUGGAGGAGAAGAACGAACUGAAUCUGAGUUGAGGUUAACUAGAGCUCCACUUGUGAACAUGGAGCGUGCAGAUUGGAUGUGGAAGGCAUUCUUGCCGGAAGGUUCAAACCGUGACCAUCCGGCGGCGAAUGUUUUUGGGCCCAACUCGGUUGAUAUAUCGGGAGUUAAGUUACCGGCGACGAUCAUAUUUGUUGGAGGAUUUGAUCCUUUGCAGGACUGGCAAAAGAGAUACUAUAAAGGAUUGAAGAAAUCUGGAAAAGAAGCGAGUUUGGUCGAGCUUGCCAACGCGUUCCACUCAUUUUAUAAUUAUCCUCAGUUGCCGGAAUUUUCUUCGUUGAUGAAGGAGAUGAAGAAUUUUAUGCAAAAGCAAUUAGACAAAUAGAGAUAGUGAAUGUAAAUAUUCCAAUAACGUGUCUUUUAGAUUGCAAGAAGUUUUCAGAAUUUUUGAAUAAUUAAGUGUAUUUGAAUGUGUGGUAGUUGAAUUCUGCUUUA